AUGGCGGCGUACAUGCGAGCGUGGAGAUCGUUGGGUCCGGCGUCCAGCAGCGCGUCCUCCGCCGCUUCAGUCGCGAUCAGAGCCGGGUUACACGCGCUGCUCCCGCGCCGCUUCCUCCACCUCCACCUCCGGCGCUCCUACUCCAGCGUCUCCUGCAGAAAGUCCUUACGCGACGCCAGGAUCGCGGCAUCCGUGCUGAGUGACAGGUGGAGUCGGGUCACGGCGGGCUCCGCACUCCUCGAUGGCGGCGGUCAGAGGCGCUUUCUGUUCGGGAACAAGGGCAGUGGCUUCUCUGGGGAGGACGGAGCCGAGAGCACCGCCGGAUCUUCUGGAGAUGAUGAGUCCGGAGGUGAUGAAGGCCCCUACCCUCCUCCUCCACCGGAGAUGACAGCGCUCACCACGAUGCUCGUGCCCGAGGUCUUCCCGAACGUGCCUCUCAUCGCCGUUAACAGGAACCCGGUGUUCCCCAGAUUCAUCAAAAUCAUCGAGGUCAAAAACAAGCAACUGGUGGAGCUGUUGAGGGGUAAAGUGCGUCUCGCUCAGCCGUACGCUGGGGUUUUCUUGAAGAAAGAUGACAAUAAUGAGUCGGACGUGGUGGAGAGUCUGGAUGCGGUGUAUCACACCGGGACGUUUGUGCAGAUCCACGAGAUGCAGGACCUCGGAGACAAGCUUCGGAUGAUCGUGAUGGGACACAGAAGAAUCCGCAUCAAUAAGCAGCUGGACGUGGAGCCGGAGUCGCUGGAGGCAGAAGGCGAGCAGCCGAAAGCUCUGCGGAGGAAGCAGAAACGAUUGCGCAAGGACUCGGCGUCGCUGCCGGAGGCGAUGGAGGAGAAGGUGCAGGAGGCGGGGUUUAUGGUGGAGGCACUUCCUCCGCCCGGCGUCCUCAUGGUGGAGGUGGACAACGUGGUCCACGAGGACUUCCAGGUCACAGAAGAGGUCAAGGCCCUGACUGCGGAGAUCGUCAAGACUAUUCGUGACAUUAUUGCUCUGAAUCCACUGUACAGAGAGUCUGUGCUCCAGAUGAUGCAAGCGGGUCAGAGAGUGGUGGACAAUCCCAUUUACCUGAGCGACAUGGGGGCGGCACUGACCGGGGCCGAAUCGCACGAGCUACAGGACGUCCUGGAGGAAACAAACAUUCCCAAACGACUCUACAAGGCCCUUUCGCUGCUGAAGAAAGAGUACGAGCUUAGUAAACUACAGCAGCGUCUUGGCAGGGAGGUUGAAGAGAAGAUCAAGCAGACGCACAGGAAGUACCUCCUCCAGGAGCAGCUGAAGAUCAUUAAGAAGGAGCUCGGUCUGGAGAAAGAGGACAAAGACGCCAUCGAGGAGAAGUUCAGGGAGAGGCUGAAGGAUCGGACUGUACCUCAACACAUCAUGGACGUGAUUAACGAGGAGCUGAACAAACUGGCACUGUUAGAUAACCACUCCUCAGAGUUCAAUGUUACCCGUAACUACUUGGACUGGCUGACCUCCAUGCCUUGGGGCACCAACAGCGAGGAAAACUUAGAGUUGGCUCGAGCCAAAGAGGUGUUGGAAGAAGACCACUAUGGAAUGGAGGACGUCAAGAAGCGCAUUCUGGAGUUCAUAGCCGUAAGCCAGCUAAGAGGCAGCACACAGGGAAAGAUCUUGUGUUUCUAUGGGCCUCCUGGAGUUGGAAAGACCAGUAUAGCCCGCUCAAUCGCCAGAGCCCUUAAUCGCGAAUACUUCCGCUUUAGCGUGGGAGGCAUGACAGAUGUGGCGGAAAUUAAAGGCCACAGGAGAACAUAUGUUGGUGCAAUGCCGGGAAAAAUCAUCCAAUGUCUAAAGAAAACCAAGACUGAAAACCCAUUGGUUCUUAUUGACGAGGUGGACAAAAUAGGUCGAGGUUACCAGGGGGACCCAUCUUCGGCGCUUCUUGAGCUUUUAGAUCCAGAACAGAAUGCUAACUUUCUUGACCACUACCUGGAUGUCCCCGUUGACCUGUCUAAGGUGCUUUUCAUUUGUACAGCCAAUGUUCUCGACACCAUUCCGGAGCCCUUGAGAGACCGAAUGGAAAUGAUCAACAUAUCAGGCUACGUUGCUCAGGAGAAACUGGCUAUAGCUGAGAAAUACUUGGUACCUCAAUUGCGAACUCUAUGCGGUUUGGAUACGGAGAAGGCGAAAAUCACCCCUGAGGCUCUGAGCGUCCUCAUCAGACAGUACUGCCGGGAGAGCGGCGUCAGGAACCUUCAGAAGCAAGUCGAGAAGGUGUUCCGGAAAGUAGCGUUCCGGAUCGUCAACUGCGAGGAAACGGAGGUCAACGUCACUCCGGAGAACCUUCAGGAUUACGUCGGGAAGCCCAUCUUCACCGUGGACCGGAUGUAUGACGUCACACCGCCGGGAGUCGUCAUGGGACUGGCGUGGACGGCAAUGGGGGGUUCAACGCUCUUCAUCGAGACAUCUCUGAGGCGACCGAGAGAACCGCAAGGGAAAGAUGGUGCCAAAGAGGGAUCGCUGGAGCUCACGGGGCAGCUGGGAGACGUGAUGAAAGAAAGCGCCAAGAUUGCUUACACAUUUGCGCGCUCGUUCCUCAUGAAGGAACAACCCGACAACGAUUUCCUUGUGGGCUCCCACAUACACCUCCAUGUGCCUGAGGGUGCAACUCCCAAAGACGGGCCGAGUGCAGGAUGCACUAUUGUGACUGCUUUGCUGUCCUUGGCCACCGACACACCAGCGCGUCAGAACGUGGCCAUGACGGGAGAACUGUCCCUGACCGGGAAGAUCCUGCCUGUUGGAGGAAUCAAGGAAAAGACCAUCGCUGCGAAGAGAUGUGGCGUAACCUGCAUCAUCCUGCCUGCAGAAAACAGAAAGGACUUUUCAGACCUGGCAGAAUACAUCACUGAAGGACUAGAAGUGCAUUUCGUAGAAAACUACAGCGAGAUCUACAAAAUCGUGUUCUCUGGACAAUAAUAAUAAUUCGCGUUUUUUUUAACUUUCGAUAUGCUGUGAUUAUGAAUCAUCUGUGUCAGGAAAUCACAAGCACACAGAUCCAGGUUAAUCGGUGCUUUCUGUCUGUCGCUGUUAGUUUUAAACCCACAGAAGCAGGUUAAUGCCGUUGCCUCUCGAUUCGUGAGACGUGGAUCAGAAAGUCUUGAGCGACGUGGACAAGAUUCCCGAAACCCUUUAGAGACUCUGGGAUCCUGAACUUGCUGCAAUGCAGCCUCCAGUGAGGAUUAUAUAUCCACAUCUCGUGUCAUAUUUGUAAAUAACUGCCUUAAUUGUACUCUCUCAAAUCAUUAACAUUAAAUAUAUAUGAAACA